AUGGAGUUCUUCUUCCCCGCCGACGUCUUCUCCGCUUACCCUCGUCAGGGUCCCUCGAACCGCGCAACCUCCUUCGGCGCCGGACCCUCGACCAACGUCUUCAACGGCUGUGGCUUUGACAGCCACCCUCUCUUCGUCGAUGCCUUGACUGAUGCAAUACAGCAGGAGCGCGCCGCUCACGCUCGGGCUCACGCUCAGCGUGCAGCCCGCGCCGAAGCCGCUCGUCGUGCCAAAGCAGCCGCUCUCGCCGCUGCCGCUGCACGUCGCGAAGCUGAAGAGCGCCGCGCACAGGCCUACAUCGAGCACCUCCUCGCAGUCCAGCAGCGUGAAGCGCAGCGCAGGUACCACCUCGAACAGCUCCACCGUCAGCGACAGGAGGCUCAGCGUCGACAGCAGUACGAAGAGUACCAGCGACGAAAGGCAUACGCCAUCGAGAAGGAGCGCCAGCGCAUCGCUGCUGCCAAGGCCGCCGAGGACCAGUCCGAGCCGCUCUUCCUUGCUCUCGAGGAUCUGAUCCUGGGUGGUCUCAACGGGUUCUUCCGCAGCCUCCAGCGCGAUCAGGAUGACGAAGAGGACCACGACGACCAUGUCGAGCUCGCUCACAAGAACGACACCCAGCACCAGACCACCGCUCUCCCUGGUGCCACUCAGGCUCCCACGAUUGAUGUCAAGGGCAAGGGCAAGGCUCAGGACAACGACAACGAGCAGCCUAUGGAAGUCGACAACGCCGACAAGACCGAAGCUGCAGCGCCCAUGGAGACCGAUCAGGACCCCGAAGAGGUUGGACCUCUUCCCACCACUCCUACUACCGAGACGGCUGCUACCCCUGCGCCUAGCGCAGCACCGGCUGUUCACACUCCGGCAAAGACCGAGCAGGUGGUCUUUUCACACACUUUCCCCGCCGACGCCAGCUUCGAUAAGACCACCGUCCGCGCCGACCAGAUCAACGUCUCGGUCGACGAAGCUCAGCGCAAGGUGACUGUCUCCGGCCUUUGGAACGACCAGCCGACUAUCUCCGCCGAUGCCUCGCCUGCGCGCUCUGCCAGCCCCACUCCCAGCGACAGCUCCUCCCGCCGUGGCCGCUCCCGCUCUCCCAAACGAGCCCGCGUCUCGGACGUCGACGAGAACGGUGAAGAGAUUGUCAAGCCCGAGGCAGACGAGAACGAGGACGACUUUGUUGAGAUCAGCUUCAAUCGUGCUGAGGAAAAGGUGCAGAAGGCCUUUGAUCUCCCCGAGGGGGCCAACGUCGAGGACCUUCGCGCCGAGCUCACCGAUGAAGGCCUCAAGCUCUUCACUACCGUCUCUGCUUAG